CCCGUGUGUCUGGAGCGCUUAUUCCGCUGGAUGUUAUUGAUCCGCGCCAGUGAAUAAACCGAGAAGGGCUGUAUCCCCACAUCCGUUCAGAAAAAGGCUCCAUCGGAUUUAAACGAGGAUUGAGACAGAAUAUCAGUGUAUGCCGUUUAAUAAACAGGAGCCGUUUCUACACACAGCGUUUAAAACCCUCAAUAUUAAGCGUGCAUCUGUGCCUGGAGCGCGUUUUCUCAUCACAUCAUUUCAUUAUUUUGCAUUCAUCUGCAGAUAUGGACGAAGAUAAUCAAGUCCCUGAAGAUCUGUCCUUAGAGGAGAGAGAUGAGCUGUCCAACAUACGACGCAGGAAAAAAGAACUGCUGGAUGAUAUUGAGCGGCUGAAGUUUGAGAUCGCUGAAGUGAUGACAGAAAUCGAGCAGCUCACGUGUGUGGGCGAGAGCAAAACAACACAAAGAAACAAACAGAUCGCAAUGGGAAGAAAGAAAUUCAACAUGGACCCCAAAAAGGGGAUUCAGUUUCUGCUGGAGAACGACCUCUUGCAACAGACCCCUGAAGACAUCGCUCAGUUCCUCUAUAAAGGCGAAGGCUUGAACAAAACUGUUAUUGGGGAUUACUUGGGGGAACGGGACGAUUUCAACAUCAAAGUGCUUCAGGCUUUUGUGGAGCUCCACGAAUUUGCCGACCUCAACCUCGUUCAGGCUCUGAGGCAGUUUCUCUGGAGCUUCAGACUUCCCGGAGAGGCCCAGAAGAUUGACAGAAUGAUGGAGGCGUUUGCGUCGCGGUACUGCCAGUGCAACCCGGGGGUCUUUCAGUCCACAGACACGUGUUAUGUCCUGUCCUUCGCCAUUAUUAUGUUAAACACAAGUCUUCACAAUCCCAACGUCCGGGACAAACCCGCCGUAGAGCGUUUCAUCUCCAUGAACAGAGGCAUUAAUGACGGAGGAGACCUUCCCGAGGAGCUGCUCCGGAACCUGUACGAGAGCAUCAAGAGCGAGCCCUUCAAAAUCCCUGAAGAUGACGGCAACGACCUCACGCACACGUUCUUCAACCCGGACCGGGAGGGCUGGCUGCUCAAGUUAGGUGGCCGAGUAAAAACCUGGAAGAGGAGAUGGUUUAUUCUGACCGACAACUGCUUGUACUAUUUUGAGUACACAACAGACAAGGAACCACGUGGAAUUAUUCCUCUGGAGAACCUCAGCAUCAGAGAGGUGGAGGAACCCAGGAAACCUAACUGCUUUGAGCUGUACAAUCCCAACCAUAAAGGUCAGGUGAUCAAGGCGUGUAAGACAGAGGCAGAUGGGAGGGUGGUGGAGGGAAACCACGUCGUCUACAGGAUAUCAGCGCCAACACCAGAGGAGAAGGAAGAAUGGAUCAAAUCUAUUAAAGCGAGCAUCAGCCGGGACCCCUUCUACGACAUGCUGGCCACCAGGAAGAGACGAAUCGCCAACAAGAAGUGAAUGGCUUCCCCAGUGGCUUCCCCAAAAGCAACACGCACUGCCUUCUGGGACAGCCUUCGUGAGAGCGUGUGCGUUUGACGCGCCCCGCAGCUGAAGAAUUCAUGUUUAUAGUUCCUUUCUCGUGUUUCUACGCGUAUGAAAACACAGCUGUCCUGAUCUGUUUGUAUUUGCAUGGAUGUAUACCUGGGCGGCUCACUCGAGAGUCCAGAGGAAGUCGUUCGUGAUCCCUCGCUACAGAUGUCAGAUAGAAAAGCCAUUUAUUUCAAGAGACUAGACCUAUUUCGAAACCCAACGACCUGACGAUGCGAUCGCACAGGGCUCUGAGACAAUAAGCCUCCGUGGCCGUUAUCUCUUAUGGUGCUAGAAGACUUCCUGCGUGCAUGUGACCGCCAUAGAAAUCAACGUUAAUGAUCCAAGGCUAACACUAGGUGGCGGUCUGGAGUCAGCUGGACUGAUUUCAUGUUGUUAGAGCAAGAAACAGCAAAUAUGUAACACAUACGCUGCUGUUCAAAGGCUUGGGAUGAGUACGUUUUUUAUGUUUUUUGAAAGAAGCAUUUUGAUUAAAAAUGCUGAAAAAAUCUGUACGUGUAUUUAUUUAUUUUAUUAUUUUAUUCAGCAGAGAUUUGUUAAAGGCGUCACAAAUUCCAAAGAAUAUUAAGUCGUAAUGUUACAUAUAAUACACUGAAGACUGCGGUAAUGGCUGGUUAAAAUUCUGAAAUAAAUGAUAUUUUAAAGUAUAUUAAAAAAAGAAACCAAUAUUAGAAAUAGCAAAAAAAUACCGUUUUUUUUCAGCAUUUUUGAUCGAAUAAAUCUCCUCGAUAUCUUACCGAUCCCAAACGUUUGAAUGGCAUAUAUAUAUAUAUAUAUAUAUAUAGAUUUAGUUUCCGGAAGCGGUCCAUUAACCUUUCUGUUCUGGUCUUAGAUGACACUAUCUACUGUCACGUAUGAUGUGUUGAUGUAAUAUGAAUGAAUCUGCUUGCUUUUGUGUUCUUAUGACAAGUAUAGUUAAAUAUCUUUUAUAUUUAUUUUCUUCGUGAAAUGAUUUUAUUCUGCUCAUAAUUGGCAUACUAUAGAUCUAAGUUAUGUGUAAAUACUGUAAACAUUUGUCUUCUUUUUUUUUUUUUUUUUUUUUUUUUGUAAGUACAAUCUGUAGCAUAUAAAUCUACUGGCUUUUUAAUGUUAGGGCUCUUUGCUCAGCAGCCUUAAACUAAUGUACCUCUGUCAGGGAAAAACACCUUGUAAUUCUGGAAAAUAUUUUUUUUUUUUAAUCCAGUAGCAAUUUAUAUGUGGUUGUAAAAAUAACAGCCCUGUCCGAGGGCGGAAUGCUAUCUCCAAUGCCCUUUCGGGGCUCCAGAUUAAUUUUUAUAUGUCUGUAUAAGCUAUUGGUCGAAAUGUACACGAAAUAUGAAUACAUAAAACAUUCAUAAAGAG